CACGGCGCGACGCGGCGCGGAGGACAGUCGGCGAAAUUGCGGCGGUCACACCAUGUUGAAUCGAGCUCGAGGAGGAGGGGGGGGGGAGGGCGGGAGGGGACAGUCGGUCAGAAGGGAGUCAUUCGGCGUUAAUCGGCGUGGUAAUCGGCGCACGUCCCUUCGCGGCGGACUCGCCGAUCUCCGACGAGGGAGCGACGAUGAUCUCCGGUCGUCCCGUGACUCCCUCGGCUCGUCUGGCGCGUAUCCGCCGCGCGAAACCGCAGUUGCAUCUCCCGCGCAUGUCACUCCCCCCCUGUCGUAUUGGAGAUAAGUAUAUAGGUGCAGCGCGGGCGCAACUCUCUCUUUCUCUCUCCCUUUUCCUCUCUCUCGUUCCCUCGACGACCGAGGAACGAAAUUCGAAUCGCGCCACGAUGCAGAUACCGAGAGUUGAUUAGGGCUCUUCGAUCGUCGCUCGUAUUCGAUCCCAGGUGUGCUCGAGCCAAGUGACAGGACCAUCGUGGGCGAGACGAACUGUUGCUCAUCGCGUUAAACUCCUCGUCAUGACAGGCGCUAUCACUACCGAUAUUAAACUAUCGAGAUGUAACGGUCAACCGUGGGGCUUUCGACUUUCCGGAGGCGUGGACUUUGCUUUUCCUCUAACCGUCGUCAGGGUGAUGAUCGGGGGCCUGGCCCACGCGACCGGUCUGCAAGCGGGCGACGUGAUCGUCCGAUUGAACGGGGAGCCAAUAAGUCAUCUCACACACGCGCAAGUCCACGAUAAGCUCGUCGGUAUCGGCGACGAUGUCGUUCUGUCCGUCAUGCGGAGUCACGAGAUCGCGCGGCGACAACAACAGCAAUAACCGGACGGCCG